AUGUCCACAAGUGAACCCCUGUCGAGGAUACCGAGAGGUUUUCACCAUAUUAUCUCUACUAGACCAAACAAAUUCGCUGGUCGUCUCCCAUCACGUCUACCUCAUGCUUCUACCAAGUUCGUUCAACCGAGAGAUCGAGUGAGGAAAUGGAAUAUAAGACCAGGGGAUAAAGUCAGAUUGUUAGUCGGUACACCCAAACAGAAAUUCAUAAAUCAGCAGGAUGCCACGGAAGGAUGGAAUACAUUUACGGUGAAACAAGUUGAUUUGUCUAGGAAUAGGGUGUUUCUGGAGGGUGUCAAUAACAAGAAGAGCAACGUGAUUCAUUCCCGACCAGCAAACUACGAUACUCUCACGGACAAUCAAAAACAGUCAUAUGACGAUCAGAAGAAUCAUGUGCCUACGAUGAGACCGAUCCAUUACAGUAACGUGCAGCUAUGUUACGAUGAUCGCAAAGGACCUGACAGUCUUUUCGUCUCACGUAUGAAAACCGCUCGAACCCAUUUCAACGUAAAAUCACAACGACUAGAUUGGACUCGAAUAGCAGCUAGGAUAAGUGGAGGUAGUUCUUCGAAUGCUGAGCUGGAAUCGAGCCGUAUCAGGUUGGCAUGGCCUAAACCUGAGAAACCAUAUUCGCACCCCAAACCCGACGACGACUUGGACACUUCCAACGCCGUGACCAUCCAGGAUACAUUAGUCUUACCAGGAUUAGAAGCUAUCGAAGAGACCAAAGCAGCGGAUCUUGUCCCACAACAUGUCAAUGCGCCUUCGCCAGCCGAUACUUCCUUCUCCGAUGCUUACAUCAACCACAUGAACGGUAAUAGGAAACUGAACAAUGAGGAAUCGAAUUUCGUCGAUUUGUUGAUGCCCCUAUACCUCUCUGAAGAACUUUCACCGCGAUUCGGUAAAUACAAGACAUACAAGGCUUACAGGGCACGAAGGGAAGUUGAAGAAUUAGAAAGGCAGAGAGCUGGAAAGGAAGCGGUGGAAGAAUGGGUAAUGAAUGGUAAAGAUAAAGGAUUGAAAGAGAUUAUGGAUUUGGACGAAAUUGGUUUAGAAGGUGUCUUCCUCAAGCCUCGAACGAGAAAGGAAGUUCGAGAUUCUGCUAUUACAGAAUUUGACUUGCAGAAUGAGUUGACGAGGAAAGAGGUCAAUAUGAAUGUGAGAGAAGGUAGAUUAUAUGAUACCGAGCUGGGCGAUUGGUUUAAUGGUCCCAAGGCUGAUAAUAUAGAGAGAAAGAGGGAGAGAAAGGAAAGGAAAGAGAGAAAGGCUUUGGAGAGGUUGGAGAGGUUGAAAUUGGAGUAG